AUGGCGGAAGGAGCGAAGUCCGCCAAGCGUGUUGCAGUCAUCGGCCUUGGCCCUGCCGGCGCCAUCACGAUCGAUGCUCUUGCUAAAGAGCAGGCGUUUGACAUCAUCCGGGUUUUUGAGCGUCGUGAGGCUCCGGGAGGAUGUUGGCUCGGUGAAGAGAAGCCACCGCCAAUAAUUCAACCAAACGAGCUCGAUCUCCUCUCCUCCCGAACGGCAGACCCUCAAUUGCCAGCGAUUCCCUCCAAUCUUCCCGCUCAACUGCCAAAGUCGCCCUCGCCGCGGUAUUCUGAAUCUACUGUCUACCCUUAUCUCGAGACGAACGUAGACUUCGUCCCUAUGCAGUACACUCAGGAACCGUUUCCAACUCAGCAGUCCGAACACCCCAGAUCAAUCCACGGAGAGGACACGCCCUUUCGACACUGGUCAUUGGUACAGGACUACGUCCGCUCUCUGGUCGAUCGAAGGGGCUACGGCGAUUUUAUCAGCUACAACACUACUGUUGAACGAGCCGAAAAGGUGCCCGCAGCAAGCGGUCUCAGUGAAGAGUGGAAGCUCACACUACGCAAAGACGGCGAGAACACUGAUUACUGGUGGGAGGAAAGAUUCGAUGCUGUGAUAGUUGCA